AUGCAAGCUUUCAUCGCUUCAGUCUCCACCACAUCCCCAUUGAUGCCGCCGCCAUAUGCCGCGACGGGAUACAAAAACCUUCUGCUUCUCUCUCUUUGCUCUUCCUUUUUUCUCCCCCUUUAUUCCUCUUCUUUUUCUUCUCCCCCUUUAUUCCUCUUCUUUUUCUUCUCUCCCUUUUCCCAACUUCUUGUUCUUUCCUUUUCCUCUUCUUCCUUCUCUUCUAACCCUUUUCUCUUCUUUUUCUUCUCUCCCUUUUCUCGUCUUCUUUUUCUUAUCUCUCUUUCUUUUUCUUCUUUUUCUUCUCUCUUUUUUCCUGUCUUCGUUUUCUUUUCUCCAUUUCCUCUUCUUCGUUAUUUUCUAACCCUUUCCUCUUCUUUUUCUUCUCUAGCUUUCCUUUUCUUCUUUUUCUUCUCUCCCUUUCUUUUUCUUUUUUCUUCUCACCCAUUAUUUUCUUCUUUUUCUUUUCUCUUUUUUCCUUCUCUUCUAACUUUUCCGCUAGUUCUUUUUUUCUCUCCCUUUCUUCUUCUUUUUCUUCUUUCCCUUUCUUCUUCUUCUUUUUCUUCUCUCUUACUUUUCCCUCUCUUUCCUUUCAUUCCCUUUUCCAUCAUUUUUCGUCUAUAUUUCCUCGUUCUUUUUUUUCUUUUUUUCCACAAAGACACAAACUUGCUGCUUUCUCUCUCUCUCUUCUUCUUCUUCUUCUUCUUCUUCUUCUUCUUCUUAUCCUGUUUUCUCUAA